AUGGACGGGCUUUUAAUCAAUACUGAAGACCUUUACACUGUUGCUCAUAACUCCAUGCUGGCAGAGCACGGCAAGGGCCCCAUGCCAUGGUCAGUGAAAAUCACCCUCAUGGGUCUGCCAGGCACCGAGUCUGCAAAGCGGUUUCUUGCAUGGUCCGGUCUACCCUACACUCCUGAGGAGUAUUACGCAGAAACCACGCGACGACUAGAAGAGCUUUUCCCCACAGCUGAAUUUUUGCCAGGUGCCAGGGAGUUGUUGACAUACUUGGACUUACACGGGGUUCCGAUUGCACUUGCAACGUCGUCCCACGCGCACACGUUCCGGCUCAAGACAGGGCACCUGCACGAUGCUGGGUUUGCAUUUUUUAAAAAACACAUUGUGACUGGUGAUGAUAAGCGGGUUGCGCCCGGGCGUGGGAAACCUCAUCCUGAUAUUUGGUAUGUUGCAUUGGAAUCUCUCAAUAAGGAGAUGUUGGAGAAUCACGAAGAAACUGAACCCAUCAAGAUUGAAGAGUGUCUGGUGUUUGAGGAUGGUGUGCCUGGAGUGACGGCUGGAAUUGCGGCUGGAGCUACGGUGGUGUGGGUCCCGGAUGAGCGAGCCAUCGAUGCCAUGGGCAAUGACAAGGCUGAGGAGCUGAUUUCUGGGCACGGCGAGAUUUUAAAGAGUUUGAAGGACUUGGAUUUAAGCAAGUAUGGGUUGUAA